UGUGCGUCACUUACACGCGCCCGGAGCGCUGAGAGUAAACAUCACAUCUUAGCUAGUCUAGCUUAGCUGUGUUUUAUAUUAACCAGACCGAGCUUUUCUAACCACAAACGCCAGUUUACUUCGCUUUUAAUCUGAUUUUUUUAACUAAUACCAUGUAACUGCGUGUCGUGACAUCAUUCUGUAGCUGAGCUGGAGCCCCUCUUAUUAGCCUUAGCUAAGCUAGCUAACUGUUUAUGCACCUGCGCUUUGGACUCUUCAGUGAAACUCUGCUCAGUUAGUUAGUUGAUUUAUUAAAAACAUGUCACACCUUCCGUGUCUCAAAGGAAACUUCUUGCCGGACUGAAAGUGCCCAGAGCCCCGGAGGUGAACCUGUUCCACACCGAGGACGAAGAGAAGAUGGGAACCCCGUUUAAAAUCCCUAAGAAGAAGAAGCAGCCGUCGGACUCCUCCAGCCUUCACAUGAUGUCUCCUCUCUCCAGAGUUCAGGAUAGCGACACCUCCAAAACAAGCUGGACCCAGGUCUCUUUGAACGGCAAGAGGCCGCACAAAAGCAGCUCCGUCAAUGGGAGAAUAGACGCGAGCCCUGGACCUGCUGGAGCAGACAGGUCUGUCCUGUCAACCCACCAGAGGUCAGAGGUCAGAGGCGCUCCUCGGGUGAACGGGAACCCCGCUAAGGCCGUUGGGAGCCCAAACUCAAGGCCGGUGCCCCGGACACCCUCUGCUGACCAUGUGUCCCUCACAGAUCAAAACAGAUGGAGGCCCAAAAGAGCAUCAGACACUUUGUGUCAGCGUGAGAGAGACAAAGACACACCUGCCAUUAAGAAGCAGUGGGGAUCUGCUCAUACAGUGACAUGGAAAUCUUCUCUGAUGGAGGGUGAGGAGGAUGAUGAGGGUGAGGAUGAGGACAAACAGGCUGUUUCUCCAGUGAAAGAAGCAAAGGGCCCGUCCACUACUGCGGUCAGUCAACAAGCGUCAGUCCGAAGCCUCAGCUCCACACUUCCAGAGUCUAAAACUGCAGGGGCCAAGGGCAAUGGAGAGAGGGCACAGCCUUCUUCUGACCAGACCACAGAGGGAAAAGUGCCAGAGAAGCAAGUGAGGACCCCUGGAGAGAAGGACCCCUUCUCCAUGCCCUUCAGAAAAGCUGGCAAUGUUCGGACCUAUUCCAGAAACAAGCUCCGGCUGAGGCUUUCAUACAAAUCGUCCCAGAGGGCCAAGCCCAGCUCCACAGAGCCUAUUGUGCUCUCCAGUGGUGAUGAAGAUGAAGGAGCGGAUGAGGGACUCAGUGAUGGGCUGGGUGGAGCGAGCGCUCAGCUGAAUAAAGACCCUCAGAAGACCAGCCAAAACAUAAAAACUGCGGGAGGCCAGAAGGAGGUCACCGAAUCUCCAUCCAUCAUGGAACUGGCCUUCUCCACUCUGCACUUCGGCACCACAUGCACUUACGCCAAUGGACCCAUGUUGAUCACAGACGAGAGCAUCUCCAUACCGCUGAAAGCAGCAGAUGGUGAUGAUGGCAUCAUGGUUGCCGUGGUACCCUCUGAACUCUGCGGUUACGGCGUGUGGGACGGAGCUUUAGCGGGCGAUGGAACUCUGCUUUCUGUCUCUCAGCAGCCUUCACCCUCCCUUCUCUUCCUCAGCCUGUCAGACGCCCAGACCAGACUGCUGCACACCGAGCUCUCAGCACUACGCACCACACACACACACCGUCAGCCUUGUCCGUUUGUGUUGAUGACUUUGGUCGGUCAGUUGGGUGAGCAGCAGUCGGCUUUGUUGGCGUCUCUGAUGGACAUGAUCGGUGUGCGUUACGGCCGGCCGUUUCUGAGAGAUCCUCUGUCCUGGGCCGAGGGGCUGAACCAGCUCCACAGUCACUCUCGGGGGGGUCAGCUUCUCACCCUGCUGGGUCAGGGAGACGGUAUGGAUGGCCAGCACACUGAGGAAGAGAAGACCAAAGAGGGCAGUCCAGCUGGGAUCAGACCCAGCAGAGCAGAGGGGGCUACAAAGGCCACCGACGCAAUGGCCACAAGACACACCUCACUGCGCAGCCACACAAAGCAGCAGAGCCAGCCCCGCAGGUUGAUCCAGUACCCCCCUCCCCCUUCCAAAGGCGGCAUUACCGUGACGACAGAAGACCUGGAGUGCCUUAGGGACGGCGAGUUUCUGAAUGACGUCAUCAUCGACUUCUACCUCAAGUACCUGCAGCUGGAGAGAGCCGAUCAGGAUGUGGCCAACAGAUCCCACAUCUUUAGCAGCUUCUUCUACAAACAGCUCACACGGAAGGACAACAGCAGCGAGGAAGAGGCCGGCUUCACGGCUCAGUAUAGACGCCACCGCAGAGUUAAAACAUGGACCAGACACGUAGACAUCUUCAGCAAGGACUACCUCUUCAUACCAGUCAACCAAGAAGCUCACUGGUACCUGGUGGUCAUCUGCUUCCCUGGUCUCCUCGAGCCUGAGUCCGUUCCGUGGAAGUGCCCAGCUUCAGUGGAUGCUUCGGGGACCACACAGUCACAGAGCAGGCCGAGCAGCCAGGGCAAACCGCCCUCCACUGGCCAACGCCAAACAGUAAGCGAAGAUGGACCAAAGCGCCGACCCUUCGACCUCCCAGACUGUACGGUGCUGAGCUGUCAGAGGGAGAAGGUCACCAGAAGGCCCUGCAUUUUGAUCAUGGAUUCUCUGAAGCUGUCCUACCAUUAUCGCAUCUACACACUGUUACGAGAGUAUCUGCAAGUGGAGUGGGAGGUCCGGAGGGGAACUCCUCGAGUGUUUAAUGACGACAGCAUAAAAGGAAGCCACUGUAAAGUCCCCCUGCAGGACAACAGCAGCGACUGUGGCCUCUACCUGCUGCAGUACGUGGAGAGUUUUCUACAGAAUCCAGUGGUACACUUUGAUCUCCCACUUCGAUUGGAACGCUGGUUUCCACGGCAACAGGUCCGGCGGAAGAGGGAGGAGUUACGCGAGCUGGUGCUUCAGCUGUACCGGCGCCAAGGAGGAGGAGCCGAGCAGGGCAGCGGCUGACUUGAUGCAACCCAUGGGAACCGAGCAGCACUUGAGCAACUAUCUUGGCCUUGUUUUAUACUAAUAGAGAAAGUAUUUGUAUUUAUAUUUCUUGUUAAUUUAUUUUAAUUAUAUAUAUUUUUCAGUGUAUGUGCAGUUUUGUAAUGUAUGAAGGGAAAAAAUGUUUAUCCGAAUAAAGGAAGAAUUGUU